GGCACACUGGGUUAGCACCCUGGCCUGAAGCAUCGGCAUCCCAUAUGGGCGCCAGUUCAAGACCCAGCUGUUCCACUUCCGAUCCAGCUGCUAUGGCCUGGGAAAGCAGUAGAAGAUGGCCCAAGUCCUUGGUCCCCUGCACCCACGUAGGAGACCCAGAGGAAGCUCCUGGCUCCUGGCUUCGGAUCGGCGCAGCUUUGGCCGUUGCGGCCAACUGGGGAGGGAACCAGCAGAUGGAAGACCUCUCUCUCUCUCUCUCUCUCUCUCUCUCUCUCUAUCUGCCUCUCCUCUGUGUUACUCUGACUUUCAAAUAAAUAAAUAAAUCUUUAAAGAAAAUUGCCUAUCCCUAAAUAUUCUUUAAAAUAUUUUUCAAUUUUUCUUUUCCCUUUCCUCGUCUCCCUCCCCCUCCCCAUUCCCUUACCUGAAGGCAGAGAGGGAAAGAUCUCCCACCCACUGAAUCAACUUUCCAGAUACCUGCAACAGCCAGGACUGGGCCAAGCCAAAGCCAGGAGCCCCAGAUUCCAUCCUGAUCUCUCAUGCGGGUGGGGGGACUGAACUACCUAAGCCUCAUCUCAGGCCCAAGCUCUGAUUUUGAUGUACACCAAAACUUGGCCAUGAGUAUAUAAGCUAAAGUCAAAGUGACAGUAUGCGAGGCCUCAAACUUGGAUCCUAACUUUCUCCAGGUGUAUUUCCCUUCUGGGAACCCUACCCUACGCUGGAUUCAAACUGAAAUCUUUAAAGUCAUGUUGUCUCAAACCUACAAAUCUUAUUUCUGCCUGGACUACCCAGUCUCCAUGCCCUUCACACAUGCCUAGAGAACAUAAAUUUUUUUACUUUUUUUUUUUGACAGGCAGAGUUAGUGAGAGAGAGAGACAGGGAGAAAGGUCUUCCUUCCGUUGGCUCACCCCUCAAAUAGCUGCUAUGGCCAGCGCACUGCACUGAUCCAAAGCCAAGAGCCAGGCACUUCCUCCUGGUCUCCCAUGUGGGUGCAAGGCCCAAGCACUUGGGCCAUCCUCCACUGCCUUCCCUGGACACAGCAGAGAGCUGGACUGGAAGAGGAGCAAUCAGAACAGAACUGACGCCCUAACUGGGACUAGAACCCAGUGUGCCGGCGCUGCAGGCGGAGGAUUAGCCUAGUGAGCCAUGGCGCUGGCUGAGAACAUAUUUUUAAAUAGUAAAAUUAUCACCCUCUUUAAACCUUCCCUUACAUCCUACAGGGCUUAUUUUUUUUUAAAAAAAUGAUUUAUUUGAAAGGCAGAGCAACAAAGAGGAGAGAGAGAGAGAGAAAGUGGUACCUUCUAUCUGCUCUUUCGCUUCCCAAAUGGCUGCACAAAGCCAGGAACCUAGAACUCCAUCCAGGUCUUGUGUGUGGGUGGCAGGGGUCGCAGCACUUGAGCUGUUGUCUGCUGAUUUCCCAAGCAUGUUAGCAACAAGCUGGUUUGGACGAGGAGCCGCCAGGAUUCAAAUCAGCACUCUGACACGGGAUGCUGAUGUCUCAGGUGGCAGCUUAACCUGUAGUGUCACAAUGCCAGCCCCUUCCAGUUUUUUUCUUUUUUUAAUACUUCAUCUCAGGGCCGGUGUAACCGGUUUGCAGCACUGGCAUCCUAUAUGGGCAGCAGUUCGAGUCCCAACUGCUCCAACUCCAAACCAUUUCCCUGCUAAUGUGCCUGAGAAAGCUGCGGAAAAUGGCCUAAAUGCUUGGGCCCCUGCACACCCACAUGGGAGCCCCAGAGAAAGAUUCUCGCUCUUGGCUUUGGUCUGGCUCAGCUUGGCCACUGCAGCCACUUGUGGGGUGAACCAGAGGACGGAAGAUCUGUCUUCCUCUGUAACUCUACCUUCCAAAUUAAAUAAAUAACACUUCAUCUCAUGGAACGGUUAUUUUGCUUAAGUGUUUGUCUCCCUUGCCAGCUGCCAACUCCUCAUGGGGAGGCUAUAAUUUGUCCAUCUUUGUACCUUCAGAAGUUUGCAGUGUUAUGUAUGUACUAGGCAGUUUGAUGCCUGUUCCUUGAGUAAACCAUUUACUCUGAACCAUGAUGAGUGGCUACAGCUGCCACCAAGCCACCUACCAAGGACCGGGGUGAGCCUUCUUACCACACCGAGGAUGGUGAGCUGGCUUCCAACAGAAUUUUGGAACUAUCCUACCAGGGUCAACUCUCAACAAAGGGAAGCUCACCGGUAGCCUAUGGCAUAAUCCGUUCUUGGAUUUUUUUGGGUUUGUUUUGGAGGAUGGAAAAUGAAAGAAUUCAGAUCCUUUGUUCUUUGCUCUCCCCUCCAAAAUCUUAGCAUAAAAUCCACAUUCCAUCAUUUCAGACCCGCUCUUCCCUGUUUUUGUUGCUUCUUGCAUUGUUUCAUUGCAGCUACCAAGCAAAACCCUGGGGUUCAAUUAUCCAUCAGUUUCAAGAUACUAAAGGGAUCUCAACACAGGUUCUGUAAAUUUGUAUCCUCCAACCCCAUUUGGGCCCUUGCUGCCCAGUGAUCCUGCCCAUUUUCCAACCAUCUCUUUUUCAUUCUCCACAACCCAUUCUUUUCAAACUUCUGAUUUCACCUCUCUUCUCGUCAGUGAACCUCCCUUGAUACCCAAUGGGACAUGCAAGCAAAAACAAAAAGCACCUUAACAGACAUUUGGUCAAGUGCUAUGUCUGACAAAGUGUUGGUGUUGGGAAGCACCUAGAAGGGAGGAGCAUCUUAGGUGUGGACAGGCAGUACAGCCUUCCUUAAAAACGGCUGUGAUUGGGCCAGUGCUGUGGUGCAGUGGGUUAGUCAUGACCUGCAGUACCAGCAUCUCACAUGGGCACCAGUUAUAGUCUAGGCUGCUCCACUUCCAAUCCAGCUCUCUGCUAUGACCCAGGAAAGCAGUGGAAGAUGGCCCAAGUGCUUGGGCCCCUGCACCCAGGAGACCUGGAAGAAGCUCCUGGCUCCUGGCUUCAGAUCGGUCCAGCUCCUGCCGUUGCGGCCAUUUGGAGAGCAAACCAGCGAAUGGAAGACCUUUCUCUCUCUCCCUCUCUCUGUAACUCUACCUCUCAAAUAAAUAAAAAAAAAAAUUUUUUUUUUUUUAAAAAGAGGCCUGAAUUGAGGGAGUGGCAUUGAGCUUGGAGAGCCAAGUGUCUUAUUUAAGAUAUAUUAAGAGGUAGAAGAGACAUGAUUUGGUGAUAAAUUAUGUGUAGGGACUAAGGCAAGAGGAAGGGCCUGAGAUGACAUUUUGGUGUCUAAGGAUAACUAGUGCACAAUUUACGGUGAGUUUGAGGUGCCUAGGAGAGACCUGUCUAUGUGACGUCCAAUGAGCAAUUAGGCUGCAUCUGGAACUCCAGUGAUAUCUGGGACAGAGAUGAGAUCAGGAGCAGCAAGCACAUUGAAGCUCUGGGAGUGUAAGGAUAAGGUCUUAAGGGGAAAAUGUGAAGGUCUGAGAAAACAAGGCCUGUGAUAGAACCCUUAGGAUAAGAUUAAGAGAUAAAGGGGGACUGAUGAAGCUCCAAAGGAGGCUGAGGAUGACCAGAGGCAUGGGAGGAUAUUAAACUAGAGGUCCGGGUCAUGGAGGAUGCCUGUUAAGGUUACAUUCCUAUAGCAGGCUUCAACACCUUGAACUUCUCUGUAAUGCCCCUGUGCAUCUCAUGCUCGCUUAAGCGCAAGGGGCAGAAGGUCUCUACUGGCCUGGUCACUUUAUCCUAGUACUGCACGCUCCGGCAGAAAGGAGGUGCUCCGUGCACCUGGAUGGCUAGGGGGAGAGUCUCACCAGAUUGCAGGGCAUGCCUCUGGGAACAAAUCUGUUCCAAACCACACUGCAUUUUCAAGCUUCGUGGCCCGUGACAGAUAGAAGGUGGAUUGUGAUGUGGAUGGAACAUGAAACCUUGGUAAGUUCCGUAACCAAGGAGGAAGUAGUACCAACAGCCAGUGGAGACAGAAAGAACUGCUCCUCCUAUCCCCCUUCAAGUUGCUAGCAGAGGGCUGGGCCCAGCAUCCCAGACUUAAUGUGACUCCAUAGGCAAGCAUCCAGAGACCAGCUUCACUUUGGUACCCUGGCCUUCAGUGGCUAGAGGUGUUGGCCUUGGAGUAGACAGGAGGCUUCCAGGUAGCCAAGCUCCUUGCUCUCAGCAAGCCCGGCAAUAUGGGGAAGGGAGAUGCGGUGGAGGCGGCAGCAGCACCAGCCACCCCGGCUUACCGAUCUGUCAUGGAGGAGUAUGGCUAUGAGGUGGGCAAGGUCAUUGGCAAUGGCUCCUACGGGACAGUGUACGAGGCUUAUUACACGAAGCAGAAGGUCAUGGUGGCCGUCAAGAUCAUCUCAAAGAAGAAGGCCUCUGAGGACUAUCUAAACAAGUUCCUGCCCCGCGAGAUACAGGUAAUGAAAGUCUUGCGGCACAAGUACCUCAUCAACUUCUAUCAGGCCAUCGAGACCACGUCCCGCGUGUACAUCAUCCUGGAGCUGGCACAAGGUGGAGACGUCCUCGAGUGGAUCCAGCGCUAUGGGGCCUGCUCGGAGCCCCUUGCUGGCAAGUGGUUCUCCCAGAUGGCCCUGGGCAUCGCCUACCUGCACAGCAAGGGCAUCGUGCACCGCCUGACCCCCAGCCUUUCUGCUGCUGGUAGGGACUUAAAGUUGGAGAACUUGUUGUUGGACAAGCGGGAGAAUGUGAAGAUAUCGGACUUUGGCUUCGCCAAGAUGGUGCCUCCUAACCAGCCUGUGCGUAGUAGCUCUUCUUACCGCCAAAUGAACUGCUUUUCCCACCUCAGCCAGACCUACUGUGGCAGCUUUGCGUACGCCUGCCCCGAGAUCUUGCUAGGCUUGCCCUACAACCCUUUCCUGUCGGACACCUGGAGCAUGGGAGUCAUCCUUUAUACUCUGGUGGUCGCCCGUCUGCCCUUCGAUGACACCAACCUCAAGAAGCUGCUGAAGGAGACUCAGAAGGAGGUCUCUUUCCCGCAGAACAACGCCAUCUCCCAGGAGUGCAAGAACCUGGUCCUUCAUAUGCUAUGCCAAGCAGCCAAGCGUGCCACCAUCCUGGACAUCCUCAAGGAUCCCUGGGUGCUCAAGUUCCAGCCUGAGCAACCCACCAAUGAGAUCAGGCUGCUUGAGGCCAUGUGCCAGCCCACCACCAGCAGCACCAGCAAUCGGCAGCAAUCCUUGGGCAACACGACCUGAAAAUGGGAGGGGAGGGAAGGAAAGGAGAAGGCAGGGACUGAGGGGCAAAGCAGGAGGGUCCAGGGCUAAAAAUCUUUU